AUGAUUUGUUUCUGUGCUUCUCCCACCAACCUCACUGAUCAAUUUGCUUUGCUUGUAUUCAAAAAUUUUACAAGAGACACCAACAAUGUCUUGACUAAUAACUGGACCAUUUCAACUUCCUUCUGCAACUGGAUUGGUGUCACUUGCAGCCCCCGGAGGCAAAGGGUGACAGCCUUAAUCCUCCCUGAAUUGAAUCUGCAAGGGACCAUUUCACAAUCUAUCACCAAUCUAUCAUUUCUUGCCGUUCUAAAUCUUGGUAACAACUUCUUCCAAGGAAUUCUUCCUUCUGGACUAGGCCUUUUGCCUCGGUUGAGAGUACUUGAUGUUCACAACAACCAACUUGAAGGAAGUGUCCCCUUGAGUUUAUUCCGAAACCAAAAGCUUCAAACAAUCUCUUUGGCCUACAACCAAUUUUCUGGUGGCCUUUUGGGACAGCCAUGGAAUUUACCACAACUCAGAAUUCUCAAUCUUACCAGCAAUGCUUUUACUGGUACAGUUCAUCCUUCUAUAGCAAACCUUUCAAAGAUAGAGAGAUUGAGUUUGGGUGAUAACAGCUUUACUGGUAACAUCCCAAAUGAGAUUGGCAAUCUCAGUUACAUGGCAGAAUUGGAUCUUUCCAACAAUCAGCUUACAGGUCCAAUCCCUCCAUCCAUUUUCAAUCUGUCUGCCCUUCGUGUCGUGUAUCUUGCUAACAAUAGCCUCUCUGGCUCUAUCCAGAUCCAUGUGCAGGAUCGUCUUCUAAAUCUUGAAGCUGUUGAUCUCAGUUCCAAUCGACUCAGUGACAACAUCCCUUCCAGCUUAUGCCAAUUCAAAAGACUAAGAUUUCUAUACCUUUCCCAGAACAAUUUCACUGGAUCGAUACCCAGAAAUAUUGGAUGUUUAAAUAUGCUUGAGGACCUGUAUGUUAUUGGAAAUGAAAUAACUGGUACCCUUCCUCCUUCACUGGGCAAUAUAUCUACUCUGCAGUAUCUUGGAUGUGUAGAAAAUAGCAUUGGAGGAGAUAUUCCUUGGGAAUUGGGGAAUCUUUUCAAUCUGAAGAUGUUGGGAUUUGAUUUCAACAAUCUUGUUGGUGAAAUUCCCCAAGCCAUUUUUAACAUUUCUUCUCUAAUAUACAUUGCUUUCACUGCUAAUCGCCUCUCAGGGCAUAUUCCUGAGACUACUGGCCUUCAGCUUCCAAACCUAGAAGGAAUUUUUUUAGCAGAUAAUCAACUCAUUGGAGAGAUUCCGGUGUCGAUCACAAAUGCAUCUUUACUUCUUCAGUUGGAGUUAUCAUACAACUUUUUCACUGGGCCAGUGCUUACUAAUUUGGGAAAUCUGCGGCAGCUCCAAUUCCUAAAUCUUGCAGGAAACCAGCUUACCAAUGAGCCCGGAAAACUUGAACUUAGAUUUCUUAAUUCUUUAGUAGAAUGUACAUCCUUGCAGUUUUUAUUGGUUGGUGAAAAUCCACUCGAUGGUAUACUGCCUGAUUCUGUUGGGAAUCUAUCAUCAACUAUAGAGAUGUUUAACAUACAGAAUGGGCAGAUCAAAGGCCACAUUCCCAGAGGAAUUGGCAAUUUAAGCAGCAUAAUAACAUUAGUUCUAAAUGGAAACAACUUGACAGGAAGCAUUCCUUCAGAGGUUAAAGAGCUAAAACAACUUCAAAGGCUGUAUCUGAGUGAAAAUAAUUUACAAGGAUCCAUUCCGGAGGGCUUUUGUCAUUUGACUGCCUUGGGGGAACUAAUUCUUGGUCAAAAUGAGCUUUCAGGACCGAUACCACACUGCCUUGGGAAUCUUAUCCGCCUGCAAAGGAUCCAGUUGAAUUACAACAGCUUAAUGUCGGCCCUUCCUUUAAGUAUCUGGGAAAUUAGAAGUCUAUUGGUCAUGAACAUAUCACAUAAUUUUCUUCAAGGAAUACUUCCAGCAGAAAUGGGAGGGUUGGAGGCCAUUGAAGCAAUUGAUCUCUCUGGAAACCAAUUUUUCGGUGAAAUUCCAAGCACACUAGGUGACCUUAAACGCCUGAGGCAUCUUUCCCUUUCAAACAAUUCAUUACAGGGUCCUAUUCCUUCGUCGUUUGGGGACAUGAUAAGCUUGGAAUUUCUGGAUCUCUCUUCAAAUUCCUUAUCUGGUACCAUACCUAGAUCGUUGGAGAAUCUUUCACAACUUAAGGAAAUUAAUGUGUCUUUUAACCAUUUCCAAGGUGAAAUACCUAGGGGUGGGGUUUUUGCCAAUUCUUCUGCUCAAUCAUUCAUGGGGAAUGAAGGGUUAUGUGGCUUGCCUAAAAUAGGAUUUCCUACUUGUGCUAGCAAUAGUAAGUCGCAGGGAUCAAAGCUGAAAAUCCUUUUCCUCAAGUAUGUAACUCCAGUGGUUGGUGCAUGGAUAGUUGUAAGUGCUUUAGUGUUUCUGUGGCUAAGGCAUAGGCGUAAGAAGCAGCAACCAUCCGAACCUGUAGAAUUGCUACAAAUCAGGACUCACCAGAUGAUUUCAUAUUUUGAGCUUCAACAGGCAACAGAUAGUUUCAGUGAGUCCAAUUUACUUGGAGUAGGUGGUUCUGGUUCUGUGUACAAGGGCACAUUGUCUGAUGGAACAAUUGUGGCGAUAAAAGUUCUGAAAUUACAAGAUGAAGUUGCGCGCAAGAGUUUCGAUGUUGAAUGUGAGGUGAUGAAAAAUAUCAGGCACAGGAAUCUUGUCAAAGUAAUCACAACUUGCUCAAAUCAGGAACUCAGGACCAUUGUCCUUCAAUUCAUGCCAAAUGGGAGUCUUGAAAAUUGGUUGCAUGGGCAGAACAAUCCCUUGAGUCUCCUCCAAAGAGUAAACAUUAUGCUUGAUGUGGCGAUGGCACUGGAAUACCUCCAUCAUGGUUGCGAUGAUCCUGUGGUUCAUUGCGACUUGAAGCCAAGCAAUGUUCUCUUGGAUGAUGACAUGGUGGCAUAUGUGAGUGACUUUGGUAUCUCUAAAAUCCUAGGUGGAAACAGGCUCAUAGCACAAACCAAGACAUUGGGCACAAUUGGCUACAUUGCACCAGAAUAUGGUUCAGAGGGAAUAGUGUCCACAAGUGGUGACGUUUACAGCUACGGGAUCAUGUUAAUGGAGACAUUCAUAUCUAGAAAGCCAACAGAAGAGAUGUUCACUGAAAAAACAAGCUUAAGACAAUGGGUAGAAGCAUCAUAUCCCACUGCUGUGAUGGAAGUCGUCGAUGCCAAUCUUUUCGAUGGGGAAGAUCAAAUCAGCACUAGACAGAAAUUUUGCGUAUCAUCUUUGAUCGGAUUGGCUCUUGACUGCUCGAUGGCAAACCCCGAGCAGAGGAUUAACAUGAAAGAUGUGGUGAUCAGGCUUCAGAAAAUAAAGCCCGAGCUCUUAGAAACAAAGAAGUUGCCUACUUUGACACUCUAG